ACCGCUCAAACGCAGCCAGCAUCCCGUUUAAAGUGCAUAGAUUCUCUGUUUUGGUUCAAGUAGUGAACGGAAAGAGUGAGCUUUUGCAGUCUCACGGCUUGAAUUUAGUAUUUAAUCUACAGCUCAAGCCUCUAACACAUCACUAGAUAACAACAGAGCAUAAACGGCUCGUUCGAAGGCCUGUUAUCUUCUGUCCGCGAGACGGGGGAGUGUCUGGAAUUGGACAUUUAGCUUGUGAGCUAACGUCAGCAGCAUCAGGUUGACCCAUGUCCUCCGCGCUCUCACACUGGUUCUCCUUUAACUCCUGGUGGCUGCUUCUGCCGUUCGUUAUGCUCCUGGUAGUGGCUGCUUUCAUCGUGGCCUUUGUGCUGCUGCUGUACAUGAUAUCCCCGUUAAUAAGCCCCAACCCGCUCAAACUGAACGGGGCCCAUGUGGUGGUGACCGGAGGCAGCAGUGGGAUUGGGAAGUGUAUUGCCAUGGAAUGCUACAAACAUGGUGCCUUCAUCACUCUGGUGGCACGAGAUGAGCACAAACUGGUUCAAGCCAAGAAAGAAGUGGAGAAAUGUGCCAUAAAUGAUAAGCAAGUGGUGCUUUGCAUUUCUGUUGAUGUGUCGAAAGACUACAACCAGGUGGAGAGCGUCAUAAAACAAGCUCAAGAGAAGCUGGGUCCUGUGGACAUGCUGGUGAAUUGUGCUGGGACGUCUAUAUCUGGGAAAUUUGAGGAAGUGGAAGUCGACCGCUUUAAGAAACUGAUGGAGGUGAACUAUCUGGGCAGCGUUUACCCCACCCGGGCAGUGGUCACCACUAUGAAGGAAAGGCGGAUGGGCCGCAUCAUGUUUGUGUCGUCACAGGCAGGGCAGAUCGGCCUUUUUGGCUACACGGCUUACUCACCGUCCAAAUUCGCCCUGCGUGGUCUGGCUGAGGCCUUACAGAUGGAGAUGAAGCCCUAUAAUAUCUAUGUAACUGUGGCGUAUCCUCCAGACACUGACACUCCAGGUUUUGCGGAAGAGAGUAAGACUAAGCCUCUGGAGACCAAGUUAAUUUCAGAAACAUCUGGAGUCUGUCAGCCUGAGCAAGUAGCAAAAAUUGUGGUGAAGGAUGCAGUGCAGGGAAAUUUCACCAGCUCAUUUGGACCCGAUGGCUACAUGCUGUCAGCGCUGACCUGUGGGAUGUCACCUGUUACCUCCAUCACUGAGGGGCUGCAGCAGAUUGUGACGAUGGGGUUGUUCCGCACCAUCGCUCUCUUCUACCUGGGCAGCUUCGACAGCAUCGUCCGCCGCUGCAUGAUCCAGAGAGAACAGUCCAAAGCAGCAGACAAGAGGGAGUAGCACCAGCAUUCCCACCACAUCCAUCUCCAUCAGCACCACUACAUUCACACACACACACACACACACACACACACACCUCACAGCACACACUGCACCGCCCCGGCCCGGCAGACGUGUUCAAAUGGGUAGAAGAGGUCCACCCUGACAAAACACUGUUUUUGCUCAUUUGUUUCAGUAGACCUGUAAUAGGCGUCCAUCUUUCAUGAAUUGUCUUUCAGGACCCCUAUCAUUCCAGUGCAUGCUGCAUCAGUAUUUCAAGCUCUUUAAAACAAACAACUUUAUAUGCAUUGAAAUGAUUUACUCUUUGGCUCUCACUGCCUCUAGUACAUUCUCUCGUUUAUGAAAGUUUGUGGUUGUUCUCAAAACCACAUACUAUCUGAGUUCUUGUUCUAGCUUGUUGGCGUAAUGCCAUUUCAACACUAGAAUUAAUUUCAGAGAUGUUGAGAUUAUAUUGAGAUGUUACAAUUUGCCGUAUAGGUCUGUAAAAAAAUCUGUAUAGGUGAAGAACAACAACUUCACUUAUGUUACAGCGAGGUGAAGAACUGUUCUUUUGACUGGUCUGUGAUGUUCGUAGUCAAGCACUGUAUCUUCCUGCUUUUAGAUUUCAUAGUUUUAAGGUACGGACACAGGACAUCUGCGUUUUCGGAUGAAACAGCCUGAGUCUGCCACUCUGCCUUAUCGUCUUUGCUCUGUGUGGGGCUUUCUGAAGGAAAUGUUUACCUUAUAAAUGUGCGUGCGAGUGUGUAUGUAUAUUUGUCUGCUUGUACGCAUGCGUUUAGGUGACCUCAGGGGCUUCUAAGAGUUCACUGAACUGAAAAAUGGGUCAGGAUAAGCCAUUGCGGUGGUUAAAGGCUCGCUGGCUCGAGUCAGUGCACCUCUCUGCCAACAGAUGGAGCUGGAGAUCCAAACGGAUCAGGUGUAACCUGAGCAAAAGCCUACAUGUGCAGCAGCUCGUGUUAAAAGCUGAUCUAGAAUCAGUCAUAGUCGGAUGGUUCCAUGUCCACAACCCCAGAACUCUGUAGUAUUGAAGGUGAAUAAAUGUGAGUACAUCGAGUGUUCACGCAGGCAUUUCAAAUACCAUAGAUGUUGUGAAGCUUGAUCAGAUUUGGACACCAAAACAAGCAAUAUGGCUUCCACAAGUCAAGUGAAUUUCCUCGUGCUCUGCUCUGUCGUAACGUGAAAUGGAUGGUUCCAGCAUAUAAACUGUUUUCUGAUUUAGGCCUUCCAAACUUGCCCCUUGUCCUUGUUGCGAGUCGUACCUUACUGACAACACAAUAGCUAGAGAGAAAAUGACACUUACUAAUGCUGUUGUAAUAUUCGCCUUUCUCACGGUCACAAGCAAACGGGGAGCAUGUGAUGUGAUCACACCCUACAGUUAUGCGAGCGGAUGUUUAUGAGGAGUCCAUCUCUUGAAUGCCUGAAUGCACAGAAAAGAGUCCAUUUAAAGUGACCGUUCACCCAAAAAUUAACAUUCUGUUAUUAUUUACUCGCCCUCAUGUUCUUCCAAACCCAUAGGACUUUCUGUUUUCGGUAGAACAC